GUUUCAGUUCAAUCGCAUUGUCGGAGCCGUGUGGCUUGGCCGGCCAUUUCUUCUCUUGCGCGGCAUGACCGCCAUUAUCGUCCUCAGCACCGCCCCGCUGACGUUUGUGACUCGCCACAACAUGGCUUCGUUUGAGUUUCAACCGCGUUCAUUGGUGGAAUCCAUGCUCGUCGCUGGGGAAGCCACGUGGAUUACAUACGUCCUGAACGACAUUUUGCUCUUGAUGUCGCGCAAUGCGCAGCCCCACUUCGCCCCCCUGAGCGCAGGUCUAAGCUGGCUCAUCAUGGUCAGUUUUGACGUUUGGCAGCCCCCGCAAGCCAUCACAACGUUGCGUCGAAGUUGUCACAUCGACAGAAUUCGAGAGAAACUGUUGUGCCAAAGCGGGUCUGUGCAGCUUGGCGAAGUCAACCGAGCCUUGACGUGUCUACUGGUCCAAGCGUUGUGUUCUGUGAUUUCGUUUUUUCUGGUCGCGGCGUGGCACUGUGUGAGAAAGCUCAAGGCUGACGGUGGAACCUUCAACUGCCACCUCCUCCUCUCCGGCACGGCAUCUGCCUUCUUGCACAAGGACAUUGCGGACACUGGGACCUGGCAAAUUGACCGCGCGUCCUGCGCCAUAUGUGGCCUUCUUGCAGUCCGAGAUUCCAUCUUCGACCUGAAAUUGUGGCUCUUAGUGCAUCAACCCGACGUGUCACAGGUCAAGUGGGGGAUGAAGGUGUUCGAUGCUGCCGAGUUGAACCCCGUGGCGCAGACCACGUCCAGUAAAAGCCAGAGAACGACUCACAUCACAUGUUCCAAUAAAUCGCCGGUCUGCCGUGCUAGGACUGCUUUACAUGGGCUCGACCAUCGUCGGAAGUGUCACGUACUUGACUCUGACGAAAACCAACUUGGCCAAUGACUUUUUCUGGGCCAACUACAAUAGCUCUAGGGAACAUGUGUACUUGGCGAGGCUGUUCAAUCGAGAGCUCGUGCUGCGGCCAUCGGAAGGACCGAUCGACCUCACCGACAAUCGCUUCUUGGACGACUCCAAUUUUAACAUCACGUCCUUGACCCCCCCAACCGUGGACAUGCCGAGGUCGUAUGUCUCCCAAGUCCAAAUAGACCAAACCACCAAGUUACUGACCGUCGUUCGCGGCCUUCGCACCAUGGACGCGUGUCUCGCACCGUGGAUUUCGACACAGUACUGCUACCUGGACUUUCAACGGCGCUGGGAAAUGGCCAACUCCGCAGCCCGGCAAGCGCGGUGUGAACGCAAGUACACGGGGAAUGCAGCUGUGUUUCUCGAGUCAGUCUUGCGCAACGUGCAGUGGUCGCAGCUGCAGACUUGUUGGGGAUCGUCAGUGGACACAGCGUUCGGAUCGACCGUUCAAUCAACCAACGUUGGAAGGCAGUGGUGGGCUUCGCUUCCAUCCGUCGCCGCCACAACUUUGGAGGACGAGGAAGUGAUAAUGUGGCAGUCCCACGGCAUCUCGUCGUUCUCCACCGACUGGCAAAACUACAAAACCAUCGGACUGAUUGAAACGUUCGACGUGCAAAAUGCAUUUGGCGUGGCAUACCCCAUGACACUUAAGCACACGAACGGCACGUUUCGAUGGGCGACGCAAACCAGCAUGAAAAUGUACUGGGGCUUCGCGAGCGACCUCUGGGCAAUCUCUGAGCCGUCCAAUAUCAUAUAUCACAAGAGCUUAAUUCGACAGAACGCCGACUUUGCAUUUACGAACGUCAGUUUGGAGGAGGUGCUGGUUCAAAAUGGCACAAUUCCUGUCUCAGUCAUCUCUGGAACCGGCGGCGCCUUUUCAGUGUUUCGAAGCGUCAUUGGGCCAUUCGGAUCGGUGGACCUUAAGCACGUUCCUGUGCCCCCGUCGUUGGUGCUGUACGUGAGUACAGUGAAAGACACGUUGGCCCGACAGCUGGCGACAUCGAGUUUGUUUUUGCAAGCGUAUUCAAGGCUGGAGUACCCCUCUCAAGUAGGGUACGUGCCGGUACAUUGGCUUGAGGAGGGCUGGUUGUACAGUGUGGGCGGGAACCUCCUUUGCCACGACCUCUCCAGCGGGUAUAUGGGUGGUGGCAUGCGAAUCACCACGGGCGCGUUCACGCCUUGUGGCGACCCGCUGGGGGAGUUUGUGGUGGCGUCGCCAAUGGCUCUCGUGUUGGCCACGCUAGGCACCAACCUCACGCGGGACAACGUGCUGUGGGCGGACGUCGAGCCGAUCUGCGCCCACUUCGUAGGCAUGGAUUUCAACGACUGCAUCAGUUCGUAUUUAAACUUCCCGAGAAAAUUUCUCCGCAACGCGACGUACUUCCCCCCCGAACGCGCCAUGCUAUCGCAGUUCCAAGCCCUCGCAAAACAUGCCAAGGCAGAUGUCCAAGCCGCUGCGGUCGAGGUUGCUCAGUACGCCACGUACGACCCAGCGUCCCCCGAAAUUCACCUGCUUCGCCAGCUUUUGUUUGACGAAUCGUUAGCUUCGUUUGACUAUGUGUCGUGGCUGCUCGUGUUUGAUUGGGCCAUGGCCAUCCGGGACGUGAUUGCGUUCGAAGGCGACGUGGGGAAUGUUCACGCCAUCACGUCUCGAACGAACGCCAUAGGCAGUCUGGUCAACCCGCUGGAAAUCCCCGUCAACGUGGCCGCGUACAUCCGGUACGCAUGUAUCUACGUGACAACUGUCAUCAUUUCCGUGGCGGCACUGGCUACGAUCUACCUUGUCCUCGCCAAAGGGUAUGUGGAAGGGCUCAACUUGCUCGAAAUCAAUCGGGUGGCGGGUAUUGUCUGGAUUGGGCGCACGAUUCUGCUGGUACGGAGCUUGUCAGCUAUCGGCUUGCUGAGCACGGAGGUGCUAACGCUUGACGUGGUCAACACCUUCUUGUGGGGCUUCCAGUCCCAGAUCACCAUGUCGUCCUCCGAGUCGAACACUGACAAAACCAUGCGGUUUGUGAAAACGUUCCUCGCGGCAGGGGAAGUGUCGUGGCUUGGAUUUGUCCUGAACGAUAUCUUUGUCGGCGUGACCCAGCAGUACACGACCGCAUACGUGAUCAAGUGCAACUUUAUGAUUUGGGGGGUGUCGGCCGUGUUGUCGUGGGUUGUUCCGGCUACCCACUCCGCCACGAUCAGUCGAGAGUGCGACAUGCCCCAAGUGGAUUUUCAGCUCGUGUGUCGAAGUGGCACGAUCGCGAUCGGCAGCUUUAGCCGAUUCAGCACGUUGGUCGGACUCUGCGUCGGGUCAACUGUCGUGUGCUACGCCUAUGAGCGGCUCCGACGGCCUGGGCUCAAGCCACCAACAUAUGACUCGCUGCUCCUCGCUGCGUCGGCGAAAUACGUGUUUGACCCAGCGAAAUGGAUGGACAACGGCGUGUAUUUCCUGGAUCCGUCGUCGGCCGCGAUCAACGGCAUAUUGUCGGUGCGGCUGACCCACACGUUUUACAUUUUUGACUUGAAAAGUUGGCGCCUUUUUGUUAUCGACGAAACCCCCGAGAUGCGCCGCCAGAAGGAAGCGCAAGGGGCGUUUCAUUUGCUGACUGCGAUUCCCCUCAUCCAGUGAGAGAGGCGGCGGUUUCAAGGGCAAAGUGGAGUAGCCAACCUUUCUAUAGCCCCCGACGAAGGUUCUCGCAGGAAGAGUGUCAGGAACGUGAUGAUGGCUUGGAGGCAAACAACUUUGCGGUUUAUUAUGGUAGUAAUUGGCAAUUGUGGUCUGAAUGGUCA